UUUUUUUUUUUUUUUUUUUUUCUUCGUAGUCGAUUCUGCCUCUGUUGCUCUUUCUCUACUCUCUCUUUCUCUCCAACUAACCUCUUCAAACUAACCAACACCACCAACUCUCCCUCUAUCUAUUAAUCUAACACGAUACGCAAUAAUCCUCAAAUAACUCAUCAUACCAUCAUGCUCUGGGGUUCUCACCAAGACGAAGCUGCUGCUUCUUCGCAAAAGCCUGUCCCCCGCCAGAAGCUCCCCUCUUCGCUUCAGAAACUCGUCGAUCGAGACGACAGCUUCUACGACGAUGUCUAUUCGCCCUACUCCGUAGAUUCCACCGACACUCCAUACAGAUACGCCGCUUACGCCAAUCGCAUCCGCACCAUUCUCCUCUCCGCCCACCGUUAUGUCGCCUACACUUCAGACAUCGGUGAAUCGUUCCGGCCAGUCGCGCAUCCUCAUCUCGUGCGCACUGCGUACGGCAUCUCCUGGGCUUACCUGCUAGGCGAUGUCGGUCAUGAAGGUUACAAAGCCUAUCUGCGCAACCGUCGCGUCCUGGCUCCGCCCAGCGAGUCGUACAAAGACGCCAGCAACUUGUCCGAAGAGACGAUCCUCAAAGGAAUGGCCACUGGUAAUCUCAAAGGCCCGCUGACUUCGGAAAAGGGAGCCGUAGCUGCAGCUGCAGAUACCCUCACCCCAUGGCCGACGACAAGCAUUCCCCUGCUAGAGGAUUACCGUGUGGUGAUGGCUAAACGGGCCGUAUUCCAGGGUCUCGCCAGUAUGGGAUUGCCCGCAUUCACCAUCCACUCGGUGGUCAAGUAUUCGGGGCGCAUGUUUAAGAAUUCCAAGAUUACCCUCUUCCGCACGUGGGCUCCUAUCGGACUCGGUCUCUCCGUCGUCCCCUUCCUCCCCUACAUCUUCGACGAACCUGUUGGCGAAGCAGUCGAAUGGACCUUCCGCACCGCCUUGGGCACUUACUUUGGCGAAGACGCCGUCCGCCCUUUGCCCCCCUCCGCCAGCUCCCCCGAUGAAGACAACACCUCGCUCAGCCGAUUCUUGAACCCCAGCGAAUCCAAAACCACCCUGAACAACUCCGUCUCUGCCUCUACCUCUACCUCCUGGGAAGAGUAUAAGGAGGAGCGCCAGCGUGCACGCGAGAGCCGCAAACAGGAACGUGUGCAAACCGGUAAGACGGGUCCGCUUGCGUUGUUGGGAUUGAAGGACUCGGAGUCGGGCAAUGACUCGAAGAGUAAGACGGAGUGAUUUGGUUGAUGGUGUGAUUUUCUUUUCCCUUUUUAUAUUUUCUUUCUUCCGACUCUUUUAUCUUUAAUGUAUAUAGAUAUAUUCUCGUCUCUGCGGCUUUUUCCUUGUGUUGUCGCCUCUCCUGC